GGGGAAAGGCAAGGGGAGACCCAGCCAGCCCGGCCUUAUACGUUCCGCUCCGGUGUGGCUGCAACGGGGCUCCAAGCGCGCAGCUACCUCCGCCUCCUCCUUCGCCUUAAACCCGGCUUGAAGGGACGGAUCGGCUCCGGCACUGGCGGGGAGCCUUUCAGACGGAGGACGGAGCAGGAGGAAGGGGCCCAACUUGAGGAAACUAACACUAUCCCAAGAAGUAUUCUCCUCCCCUGAAGUGGUUGCUGCUGGGGCACCCCUUGAACAUUUGUUGAAGUGGAGCGAAGAAAGACAAGAUGGGACGGUCUGUCUGGCUGCUCCAAUUCUGCUGAAAAAGGUUGCUAUGCCUUUUUCUCCAUCCUUGUGGACAGACAAUGAAAGAAUCUCUUUCUCUGCCUUGACCGGAACAGUUUGUUCAGAAGUAUUGGAGGAAUGAGUCAGUGAUGUGGCCCUGAGAAUCUUUUCCAUAUUCAAAAUAUACUUCAGAAGCAAAAGAAAUGCAACUGGUGCUUUGGACGCUCUUAUAUCACUGAAGAAGUCCUUCUUCACCAAUUUCCUCCUGUUGUGGAUCGAUCCAGCGCUGAAACUCCGCAGGCUUCUUCGGCUCCAUCUUGUUUCGCCAUCUCCAAUGUGCCGCCAUUUUGUUGUGGAUUAUCGGCCAGUCGUUCUGCGAGACCCUUGCGUUGCUUCUUCUUGACCAGAAAACUGGAAGGCAGAUUGUGCCUCACCCUCCCUUCUCCUUGGAUUUAUACGUUUCUUCUCUCGGCUCUUCCUUUUCCUACCUCAAAAGCCGAUUUGACAAAGUUUAAACAUUUUCCAAAAACGGUUAUCCAAAAUGACAAGUCUGUUCCGACGGAGCAGCAGCAAUGGCGGCUCGAGGAACAGUUCUUCCGCUCAAGAACUUAACAAUAGCCGCCCCGCAAGGCAAGUACGGAGGCUGGAGUUUAACCAGGCGAUGGAGGAUUUCAAGACCAUGUUCCCCAACAUGGAUUAUGACAUCAUUGAAUGUGUCUUGAGGGCCAACAAUGGUGCAGUAGAUGCCACCAUUGAUCAACUACUACAGAUGAAUUUGGACUGCAGCGAAUGUGACGAGAGUUCGGAUUCAGAUGACAGCAUUCCUCCGGAGAUUCUGGAACGAACUUUGGAACCAGACAGUUCAGACGAGGAGCCCCCUCCAGUGUAUUCUCCUCCUUCCUACGAUAUGCAUAUAUAUGACCGAAAGUACAUGGAGACUCCUCCAGUACCACCACCCAGAACUGAUAUCCAAAAUUCCAGCGGUUCACAAGCACAAAGGCGAUAUAGGGACUGGAAUCCACCAUUAUUAGGGAAUCUUCCAGAUGACUUUCUCCGCAUCUUACCACAGCAAAUGGAUACGGUGCAGAGCGCCCAAAACUGCCAUCAAAGCACACAGAGUCCUGGGAACCAGAGCGCUCAGGGGUCAUUGGAUCAGGAGAAGAAAUGGAAGCAGUAUUUGGAAGAUGAACGGAUUGCUCUGUUCCUCCAGAAUGAAGAAUUCAUGAAGGAACUUCAGAGAAAUCGAGAUUUCCUCCUGGCCCUUGAAAAAGAUCGGUUAAAAUAUGAAUCAAAGAAAUCCAGAAUGAACAGCGCUGCCCUCAGUUCAGAUCCCGCUUUGUCCUCAAUAUUAUCAGAUGAGGUCACCCGCUCCUUAACUGGUGUGCCCAGCGGGGCUAUCUCCGACGAUGCCUUAUUCAGGGACAAGUUGAAACACAUGGGAAAAUCUACACGCAAGAAGUUGUUUGAACUUGCCAGAGCUUUCUCAGAAAAGACUAAAAUGAGGAAGUCAAAAAGAAAACAGCUUUUGAAGCACCAAGUGAUGGGGACUGCAGCCUCAACAGCAAACCUUCUUGAUGACGUUGAAGGACAUUCAUGUGAUGAGGACUGCCAAAUAAGAAGAAAGUUACCUGCAGCAGAAGAACCAUCAAAAGAAGUACAAUAAGAUCCAGAAUUGGCAACUGGGGGGAGGGGGGAGAAGCCAAAUAAGAUGAGAAACCAUGAUGGUUAAAAGGGAAGAUAAUUUUUACGCUGGUGACUCUAUUCUGGAACGAUCCAAGGCUUCUCCGAAUUCAACCGCAUGGAAACAUGAAGGCACGUUAUGAUUAUUUUUAUUUUUAUCCAGUGACUAAGAAUUUGGGUCUUACUCUUCCGUCUUUUUUUUUCAACUCUGAGGAAUCCAGCUCCCCCACCACCACCCCAAAAAAAAGGGUGGGGGGGGAGAGAGAAAACUGACAAUUCACCUAAUCUUUUAUACACCAAUCUUUGAAGCUGGAUAAUGAUAAUCUGUUAUCAAAUGUGGUUCAGAAUGUAUGAAAAAAAAAAAAAGCCCCACCCAUUGUUCCAAAGUGGUUUCUGGCCGUUGUUUUUGCAUCAUGACUUUUGAACGAAUGGAUACUUGUGUCCUUUCAUCCAGAUAGAGGGUAGCCCACCAGAUUUUGCUGUAUUGUGGAUGAUGAUUUUUACUAUAAUUAUAUAAUUAUUGCUGCUAAUAGAAAAGAAACCUGAAUCAUGCUAUUUGAGUGUGAUAGUUAGAAUAAUAUAAUUUUUUCCCCUCCAUGAAAAAGUGUUCCUGCAGAUCCCUUCCACAAUCAGAAACUAUUCAUGAUAAAUAUAUUUCCCCUUAUUCAGGGGGUGUCUGUGGGGGGGGGGUCAAAAAAGUCAAGAACACAUCUUCAAACGAGAGAAAAACUCAACUUUUUCAAAAUAUUUUCUUUAAUCAAGUUUUACGAAACACAGUCAGUCUAACACAAACUAAUAAAAGAGCAGAAGAAAGAGAAAGUUCUGAUUUCUUUGCAUUCCUUUGCAGCAAAUAUAAAUAUAGUUACAAAAUUACUCCAUGAUUAAAAAAAGACCCUCACUUUUUAGUAUUCUUUUUUUUUUUCCUAAUCAUCAUUAGCACAAAUCAUAAAUGCAUUUUUUUCUGUUUCAU